AUGGAUGAGGAGUUCAGAGGGGGCGCAGUCUGUCUUGACUGCAACGGGACGAUACUCUCCCAAGUCAGAUGUAAUCCUGCAUGGGACUCCUUUUUCCAAGCAACCCUGGUGUGGCGACGAGGAAGGCUGGGGUCCAGUGUUGCCGUCUGGGGUGUGCUCUUUGGGGCCGGUGCCCUGUGGUAUUUAUUCAAUAAACGCAUUGCUCAGGAUGUUCCCAAAAAUUGGCAUUUCUAUGCAAAACUAAGUAUAAUUUGUGCCAUCGUCCUCGCCACCGCCCUCCAAGCCGCCCUACAGGUCGCGCUCCUGCCCGGAAUAUGGUUCCAAGAUGUUCGAUUUUACACAUCCAUCGCAACGAUUGUAUCCCUCCUUGUUAUAUAUGCUGUACAGUACUACGAGCACUGGCGGUCGCGGAACCCAAAUGGCGUUGCGCUGUUCUAUUGGGUCUUUUUCAUUCUGGCAUACAUUGUCAAACUGCGGUCAUUGGUGGCCAGAGGGGCAUAUACGAAUCGACUACCCUAUUUUGUUACGUUUAAUAUUAGCCUGGGUCUGGCAAUCGUCGAAUUCGUCCUCGAAUAUUUGAUUCCCAAAAAGCAGAGCGCCUACGAUGCUUUGGGGGCGGACGAUGAAUGCCCCAUUGAGUAUGCGGACGUCUUUUCCGUUCUAACCUUCGGCUGGAUGACUCCGAUGAUGAAGUUUGGUUAUAAGAACUUCCUCACUCAGGACGACCUGUGGAAUCUACGCAAUCGUGAUACCACAAAGGUGACAGGAGAUCUCCUGCAAAAAUCUUGGGCGAUCGAGUUGGAGAAGAAGAAGCCAAACUUGUGGAUAGCUUUGGCUAGGGCAUUUGGAGGUCCUUAUCUGCGCGGGGCGCUCAUCAAGACUAUCAGCGACUGUCUUGCCUUCGUCCAACCACAGCUGCUUCGACUGUUGAUUACAUUUGUGGAUUCCUAUCGACCAGGUCAUGAACGCCAACCAGCCAUACGUGGCGUUGCCAUCGCAUUGGCCAUGUUCGCCACCUCCGUCUGCCAGACCUGUGCUUUGCAUCAGUACUUCCAGCGUGCUUUUGAAACCGGUAUGCGAGUCAAGUCCUCGCUCACGGCAAUGAUCUACGCAAAAUCACUUCGAUUGUCCAACGAGUCGCGAGCCGCCAAAUCUACUGGCGAUAUUGUCACGUACAUGAGCGUGGACCAGCAACGUCUGGCCGAUUUGGCCCAAUGGGGUCAACAGGUCUGGUCGGCACCCUUCCAGAUCACAUUGUGCAUGAUUUCGCUUUAUCAACUUGUCGGUGUUUCCUGCUUUGCUGGAGUCGCCGCCAUGAUCGUCAUGAUUCCUGUCAACGGCUUCAUUGCUAGAUUUAUGAAGAAACUGCAAUUGUCACAGAUGACGUAUAAGGAUCGACGAUCGCGCCUCAUGGCGGAAAUUUUGAACAACAUGAAAAGCAUCAAACUCUACGCUUGGGGCUCCGCUUUCAUGGAAAAGCUGAGUCAUGUACGCAACGAUCUCGAAUUGAACAAUCUUCGCAAGAUCGGCGCAGCACAGGCCUUCGCGACGUUCACGUGGUCCUCGACGCCCUUUUUUGUUUCCUGCUCCACUUUCGCGGUCUUCGUGUUGGUCAAUAACAAACCGCUCACCACAGACCUAGUGUUUCCGGCGUUGACGUUGUUCAAUCUCUUGACGUUUCCCCUCACGGUCCUUCCAAUGGUUAUCACCAGCAUUAUCGAAGCAUCAGUUGCCGUGGGAAGACUGACCGAGUUCUUCACCACCGACGAGCUCCAAGAAGAUGCGGUCAGAUUCAUCGACCGACCUCCGAAUCAGCAGGGAGAAGCGUCAGUCACAAUUCGAGACGCCACUUUCACCUGGGAUAAGAACCGGGACCAGACAGUGCUUCAGAACAUCAACUUCAAUGCCAACAAAGGGGAGCUUACUUGCAUCGUCGGCCGUGUCGGGGCCGGCAAGUCGUCUCUGCUUCAGGCUAUCCUCGGGGAUCUCUGGAAAAUCAAAGGUGAAACAGUGGUUCGUGGCCGCAUCGCAUAUGCAGCACAGUCGGCUUGGAUCAUGAAUGCUAGCGUCAAAGAGAACAUUGUUUUUGGACAUCGCUGGGAUCCUCAUUUUUAUAAUCAGACAAUCAAUGCCUGCGCUCUUGUCGACGACUUCAGACAACUGCCCGAUGGUGAUCAGACAGAGGUCGGCGAGCGAGGAAUAUCUCUCUCCGGGGGCCAGAAGGCUCGAUUGGCUUUAGCACGGGCAGUCUAUGCCCGCGCAGACGUUUACCUACUUGACGAUGUGCUUUCUGCAGUGGAUCAGCACGUCGGCCGGCACCUAAUCAACAAUGUACUCGGACCGAAUGGCCUUUUGAGCGGAAAGGCACGAAUCUUAGCUACGAACGCGAUCACCGUCCUGAAGGAGGCGGACUACAUGUACCUGCUCCGUGACGGCUCGAUCCUUGAAAAGGGAACGUACCAGCAACUCAUAGCUAUGAGAGGCGAAGUUGCCACACUGAUAAAAUCAUCGACGAGGGAGGACGAGCAGGAUUCCGAAGGUGAAAGAAGCCCUAGUAUCGAAGGCAUGGAAUCCGACGAAUCGACGACCGCCGUUACCAGCGCAAUUCAAGACGAAUACGAUGCUGAGGAGGCGGAAGAGUCUCGCCAGGAGAUCGGGGAGCUUGCACCCAUUCGAACCGGCCCCGGCGGAUCAUCAACUGCCCGGAAAUCGAGCUUCAACACCCUUCGACGUGCCUCGACAACAAGUUUCCACGGCCCUAUGGGCCGAUUGAAUGACGAGGAGGCAGGACUAAAGUCUAAGCAGACCAAAGAAACUUCAGAACAGGGCAAGGUGAAAUGGUCUGUCUACACAAGCUAUGCCAAGGAAAGCAACCUCGUAGCGGUUGCCAUCUACCUCGUGGCUCUUCUCGCCGCUCAAACGGCUCAGAUUGGCGGCAGCUUCUGGCUGAAGCGCUGGUCCGAGAUCAACGAGUCCUACGGUGCAAACCCGCAAGUGGGCAAAUACAUUGGCAUCUACUUUGCAUUCGGAAUUGGAGGUGCAGCCCUCGUCGUUGUCCAAACCUUACUACUCUGGAUUUUCUGCUCGAUAGAGGCGUCGAGAAAAUUACACGACCGAAUGGCGUACGCAAUAUUUCGUUCUCCAAUGAGUUUCUUUGAUACCACCCCUAUUGGUCGUAUCCUCAAUCGCUUCUCAAGUGAUAUUUAUCGAGUCGAUGAGGUUAUUGCGCGGACUUUUAAUAUGCUCUUCGUCAACACUGGUAGAGCUCUUUUCACGAUCGGCGUCAUCGCUGCCUCCACACCUAUCUUUCUAGUUUUGGUGAUUCCCUUGGGGGCUGUGUACACCGUGUACCAGAAGUACUAUCUCCGAACCUCCCGGGAGUUGAAACGACUUGACAGCGUCAGUCGCAGUCCGAUCUAUGCACAUUUCCAGGAGUCGCUCGGCGGAGUCUCCACAAUUCGUGCGUAUCGCCAGGAAGCCAGAUUUACAAUGGAAAAUGAGUGGCGAAUGGAUGCAAAUCUACGAGCGUAUUUCCCCUCUGUUAGCGCGAAUCGGUGGCUGGCUGUUCGCUUGGAGUUCAUCGGAUCUGUCAUUAUCCUUGCUGCCGCUAUUUUUGCCACCAUCUCUGUCACCACUGGAAGUGGCCUGUCUGCAGGCAUGGUGGGCCUCGCGAUGUCAUAUGCCCUACAGAUCACACAGUCACUGAAUUGGAUCGUUCGCCAGACGGUGGAAGUGGAGACGAAUAUCGUAUCCGUGGAGCGAGUUCUCGAGUACGCCAACUUACCGAGCGAGGCUCCUGAUAUCAUCUUUAGGAGUCGACCGAGUAUUGGCUGGCCAGCGCAUGGCCAGAUCACGAUCAAGGAUUACUCGACACGAUAUCGGGAGGGCCUGGACCCCGUGUUGAAAGACAUCUCUUUAAGCAUCAAAUCAAGAGAAAAGAUUGGGGUGGUCGGACGGACAGGGGCAGGGAAGAGCUCGCUAACUUUGGCGCUAUUCCGGAUAAUCGAGCCAAUAACCGGCUCCAUCAGUAUCGACGGUCUGAACACCUCAACUAUUGGCCUGCUUGAUCUGCGGCGACGGCUCGCGAUCAUUCCUCAGGACGCUGCUCUGUUCGAAGGAACUAUUCGCGACAAUCUGGAUCCUCGUCAUGUUCACGAUGACACGGAACUGUGGAGUGUGCUUGAGCACGCUCGCCUCAAGGAGCAUGUCGGGGGCAUGCCUGGCCAAUUGGAUGCCGCAGUUCACGAAGGUGGUGAGUGGAGUUUUUCGUCGAUCCCCGGCGCAAUGCAUACCCAUGCGUCUCCCGCUGACCGUGGAAUCUCGGAUCUAGGUUCAAAUCUGAGUCAGGGACAACGCCAACUUGUGUCCCUGGCGCGUGCGUUGCUCACUCCUAGCAACAUCCUGGUGCUGGACGAGGCAACUGCUGCCGUGGAUGUGGAGACCGACAAGAUGCUGCAGGCCACGCUGCGCAGUACCAUAUUCGAGAAUCGCACCAUCAUCACCAUUGCGCAUCGCAUCAACACGAUUCUGGACUCUGACCGGAUCGUUGUCUUGCAGCAAGGGCGAGUGGCUGAAUUUGAUACGCCCGAGGAACUCGUCAGGAAGCGAGGGCUCUUUUACGAGUUGGUUCGCGAGGCUGGCUUGCUCGAAAGCUUCGGCAACGGGAGCGCCGUUCCGAAUCAACACUAG